AUGUGCGCGAUGGUGUGCUGCUCGGCGGUGCUGUUAUCCUCGAUUCUACCUCUACUUUCCGUGGCUCAACUUCCGCUAUGCACUCGAGUACAGGCUUGUUCGGCUCGUUUGGAUAUUUAUCCGCUGCUCGAAGAGGACUCAUCCGGAUGGGGUUCCGGCCUUGUCCCCCUGUACGAUGAAGUUUUUGGUCCUGUUUUAUUCGACUAUACACAAAGUUCCGAAACCGCCAACUUUGAUCUAUGUGAAUGCGCGAAUAAUGGGACCUGUGAUAGUGAGAUCGAGCACAGGAAUCUAAGGCUUGAUGAAUCUGUGAAGCUAACAUUUUGCGAUGAUGUACAACGUCAAUUACCGUUGGAGUGUAAAGGGCAACGUGGAUUCCCACGAGUUAUAGGAAUAGCUCAUCCUUCAGGUGAAACAGUUUCAACAGUGAGUUCGACAGCCGUGUUCUGCACAUGUCCAUCCGGUUACGAGCGUCUACGACCGGAAUAUUGGGGAGGCUCAGAAAUCUCCAUUUCAUACAAAUGCAAGUGA